AAUCUAUAAGAUAAGAUAAAUGUGAUUGCCUCACAUCUCAAUAACUUUUAAGUAUAUAAUUGGUUUUAUCUCUAGAGAUGUCAUUUGUUCAUUUCAAGAUGGCUUUAGCCAGAUAUACGAUAUUAAUAUUCAUAUUAUUUUACAAACAGGGAAUACGCGGACAACAGAGUGCCCCAUCAGUUGGACAAAACAGUUUAAAUCAAGGUCCCCAGAAUAAUCAAGGGACCACACAAGAAAAUUCUAUACAAAAUCAAAACGGAAAUUCAGCAAAUAAAGCAUCAAUUUUUAACGCUCAGGUUCCAGUUAAUUUUCAAUCUUUGAAUCCACAAUCAACAAUUUCAACUCAGUCAACUCUUUCAUUACAACAACCGCAGAGAACUUCACAACCUAUAAAUCUCCAGUUAUCACAGAUACCCAAUUUUCAACAGGCAUUCACUGUUCAACCAUCUCUGCAGUUUGACACUUCUUUUUUACAAAAACCAACACAACAGUCAGUUGGUUUACAACAACCUCAAAAUUUGCAACAAUCUCGAAAUGUGUACAACGUACCAGUUAUCCAACAAAUACCUUGCACAAAACAGCUGAAUCCACAACAGUCUGUCAAUUUAAUGGAUUUUAAUAUACAGCAACAAGUACCAAUCGCAAAUCCUGUGGUGAAACAAAUUCCUGUUCAAUCUUCUCAAGGCAUUCCAAACGCUGCAUUCAUUUCUUCUUCUCCUUCUGUAUCUGCGAUCCUUAGUUGUCCGUGCCAACGUACUGAUAAUACAAAUAACUUAGGAGCUAAUUACUUCCCGUCAACUGCCCGUGCGUACCCUAUUAUAGAAACACCACAAAUUUCCACACCCUAUUCAACAUUGCCAGUCAUGGCAUUCCGAUCAACACCCACUCCAACACCUCUACUUACUCAUACAGUAAUGCCAUACGGAGGUCAAUCUCCAGAUAUUCUCGAAAGUCCACUACGAGUAUCUAAUAAUGUUUUCAUAGAAGAUGAAACAAAAGAUCUAAAUCAAGAUAAUUUGAUUUCUCUUCUACUAUCAUUGUUACAAUCACCAAAAAAAUCUUCAAAAUCUGAGAUUCCCUCUGGCUUUCCGAUAAAUUCUUAUCUAUCGUCUUAUUUAAAUCAAGGAUCAAAACCAUCUAGCAUAAAAUCUUUAUUACCUUUAAUUUUAAACAUGUUAAGUGAAAGAAGAGAAGGUUGUGGCUGUAGUACAGGUUGCCAAAGUUGUGAACAAAAGAGAAUGUAUAAAGAAGACGCUGAGCCCAGAAUAUACGAAGGGUAUUCAAAGAAAAGAGAUUACAGUCUAAGAGAUGACAUGUUCCAAAAAGAUGGAUCUGAAGGAGGCAUUUCUAGAAUGGUCAGAGAACAUAAGAAAUCAAAGAAACUUAAAAACUCUAUACCAGUUGAUAGUUGUGAAGAUGAAGAUGCGGAUUGCGGUGAUUGUUCCGAGGAAGAUGAAAACUAAGCUUAUUUACUGUUAAUAUUAAUAUUUAAGAAAACUAUUUAUUGAUUAGAAUAAAAACAUUUUAUAUUGAA